GAAGGAGAGGCGGCAGCGAGCGGGGAGACGAUCGGGCGUCGGCCGCUAGCCGCUCUCGAGCCCCCUGCGUCCCUGCUCGCGUAGCCUGCGGUCCGCGGACACCAUGGCCGGCGAGAUCGAGGAUCUGAACGGUCGGGAGGCGCAGACUGUCUGCGACGGCCUGGGACGCUACGAGGACACGCUGCGGGGCGCCGUCCGGGAGAUCCAUGUGGACAUCCAGUUGUUCAAGCAAGGAGUAGGCCGCCAGGUGGAGGAGGUGCUACGCCUCGCCAGCCCCCUGGCACACGCCGUCUCUGAGCUGCAGCAGGAGAAUCGGCGCCUGCGGGUACAGCUGGAGCGCCUGUCUCGGCAGGUGGAGGCCCUGGGCCGCUCGGCGGGGCUGCCGCACGAGUGGGUGAACGAGGCGGCUGAGAGCCCUCGGGCCGUGGAGCCCCGCUCGCCGGGGCAAGAUUCGGCCGACGGCGCAUUCUCCAGUCGUGCCAAGCUAGCGGUCACUGGCCGGAGCCAAAGCGUAGACCUGGAUGCCCACCAGAAACCUGAGUUUAGAAGAGUUUUUAGUUCUUCCAACAUUGAAAAUGGGCAUCGAUCUUCAUCAUCAGGUCAGGCAAAAGAUGUCCAUGAACUGACCUGUUUUCAGAUGUCAGAAUCAUCUUCCCCUGAAGCCCAUGCCCCUGCAGUCACCUUACAAAUGCCCCACCUUCCUGUUACUGCAGUAACCAGGACAUCUGAGAAGUUUUCAGGAGAGAACGUCUGUCCAACAGGAACAACUAAUACAUCUUCUUGCCUGCUGGGGCAAGGCAAGAGCACGAAUAUGAUGGGAGUAAAAUCUUCCAACCAGCCAGAGAAUGCUACUUCUGUCACCAAGUCUGUUUCAACUGUGAACUACGGGCUGCGUAGUGGAGCCAAAACUGGUGAAAGUGCCAUUGACAGUUACUGUGAUGUGAGCCCCAGCUCCCACUCGCCUCCUCCUGCUGUCCAUCACCAAGUUGAAAGGAGACGAGAAUUGGUGCGGUCUCAGACGCUCCCACGGAUCACAGGAACGCAGGCCAGGAAAAUGCUAUUUGAGAAACUUGAACGUGAUGAUGGAAAAGGAAAAGGAGAAUCCAGAGCUAAGCUGAAGAGGUCGCUGAGUUUUGGGGUUGCCAGCGCUAGCAGCAUUAAACAAAUUCUGUUAGACUGGUGUCGCUCAAAAACCAUAGGAUACAAGCACAUUGAUCUCCAGAACUUCUCCUCGAGCUGGAAUGAUGGGAUGGCAUUCUGCGCUCUUGUGCAUUCUUUCUUUCCUGAAGCUUUUGAUUACAAUAAGCUUGACCCAGCUAAUCGCAAGCAGAACUUUGAGCUGGCCUUCACAACGGCUGAGAAAAUGGCUCACUGUGACCGUCUGAUAGAAGUGGAAGACAUGAUGGUGAUGGGUCACAAGCCAGAUCCCAUGUGCAUCUUCACCUAUGUCCAGUCUCUGUACAGUCAUCUACGACGUUUUGAAUAAAACCAUCGACACCUCUCCAGCCAGAAGGGUCAAGUACAGUGUGCUAAUCGGAAGAGUGACAUUUUGCAAAUAGAACACAGUAUUAUUUAUUGCUUUUUACUGUUCCUUUGCUUACAUUCAGCUGUGUUGAUGGCUGACUGAAGUAUUGCUGAGUAGUGCCCUGAGGUGUUGAUCACAUCAUCAUGUCAGUAAUACAGAAAUAUGGCUGAAAAAGACAAAAAUACAUUGGCAAAGGCAAAUACUGUCAUUUUGGUGCUAGUAGUAGAUUGGACUUUUAGGACUUUAAUGUUUAAACAUCACAGGAAGCAAAUUUGCUUCUCCUGUCUCUGUAAGGAUGGGGACAAUUUUAUGCAGCAAUUCUGCUAUGAAGGUGUUCCAUCUUAAAAUGCAGGUAAAACUCCAGAAGAUAGCACCUUCAGUUUUACUUCUCUGUUGAGCAUAGUACAAAAGAAAUAGCAGAUGGACAAGAAAGAUUCUGUUUAGCAAAUAAUAACCUCGAGUACUCAACCACUAGUGCAAUAAUUCCUCCCCCCAACCCUACCCGUCCACUCCAGCAUACACACACAGAGAUCAAACAGGCAUUGUUUUGUUCUCUUAAAGCAUAAAGAGAGCAUAACCUCUUGUCUGAUGAGUGUGGUGACAGACUACUAUGUUACAUAAUGGCAUUUGUCUGUAAUGGUCAAAUCUAAUUUCAUUUGCUGACAGGCUUGCUAAAACCUCUGCUGGCAGUCCUGGAUUAAUUUCUUGAUAAGAACAGCAAUAGCUGGGACAGUUCUUUGUCUGAGAUUGUGUGCUUGCAUUGUUUAGGAUUGCUGGAAAGGUAGGAGCUAGCAACAUAUAAAAAACUUUGAACAGUUGUAAUAGAAACAAGCCUGUAAUGUGCUUUUACCUGGACUCCAGACGAGCAGCUCUUCAGUGUGGACAGGAGUAAACCCGUUACAGCUUGUUCAGUACAGAUACUGAUUCUGAGGUAGAUGAACAAUAGACAAAAAAUAUGAAAGAUGUGGGAUUUUUUAAGUAGUUUCAAAAGCCUUGCACUAGUUUCAGUUUUCAGUUAAAUUAGCAUUAAAAUCACAGUACAGUUAGAUUACUCCAGAUUUACUGGACUAAAAAAAGCCUUCUAAAAUUAUUUCUUCCAUAAGAACAGGCUCAUAGAAAGUAAAAACUGAAAGCAACAAGUCCUCUGCUCAUGCUAGAUAAUGUUUUUUUAACCUGCCCUUGUGCAUUUUGUAGAUAUUUAGAAAGAUUAAUUUGGUUCUGUAUUGAUGACCAUUUAUAAUAAAUUAUGUCAAGCAUUCUUCAUAUUUAUUGCAUCUUUUUAGACUGAUGUGACAGCCAAGUAAAAUCAGUGAAAACAACAAAAAGCUUUUACUUAAAAGAUUUUUGUUCCAGUCGUGAUUCUGUGUGCUCUGAAUUUCAGUUUUAAAAGUACAUAAGUUCAAUUGCAUUUGAAACAUGAUUUUAGUGCAGUCUCCCUUUCUAGUCAAGUUUACUUAAGAAACCAUGAAUGAAGCAGCCUCUUCAUUAGCAUUAAAGUGUCAUUGCCUUCAGUUUUUUACUUUGUCUUGAUCGGCUAUAAUUCUGAGGAGUAAGUGUGCACCUGUAGCUCUACCAAAUGCACUGUAAGGAUAAACCCAUUGUAUUUAUGUUUUGGAGGAGUUUGGAUUAAGCAUGAUGAAAAGUCUGUCCAAAACUGGCAUGCACAAUGCACUUAUUUACAUUCUUACCGUAGAAUACUUUUUAUUGAGUAGCAGAGCCAAGUUCCGUCAUAACUACCACAAGAGAGUCAAUACUGCCUUAAUACAUUGCAUUCCUUCACAGUCUGAGGUCAUGGAUGAUUUUACUGUGUGAUGUGAGUGCUGAAGACACAGGUAAGUGCUUGGCCAAUUUAGGUCUAAUAGCAUAUAAUUAUAUAAAGGAAGUUUUAGACUGUAAAAUUAUUGCAAAUUCACCAGGGUGAAUCUACAUCCUUUCUGUAAUUCAGUUUAUUUUUGCAGCUACAUGGUAGGUAUUUUUGUACACGUUUGCUAAACUUUUCCCACUUAAGAGAGGUGAUGGUAAAGAUACCUAGGACUUACCAGCCACCUGUUUGCAAGUGGAAGACUCUAAGCUGAGUUGAUCUAUUGAUGGUUUGUGUGUAAGGGUUAGGGAGAUAGUGCUAUGACAUACUUUUAGAAAAACUUACAGCUUUGUGUGUUAAGAGGUCUGCUCUAUAUGAAUAACCUCAACUAUUUGAUUGUAUGAUCCAAUUGAAAUUAAAGUAUAUAAUAUAUGCCCCAAAUUGAUUUUUCAGUAUUGUUAUUUUUUCAAAAAUGCAGAGCACAUGUAUAUAUGACAGUGUGUUUAACAUGAAUGAUAAAAAGAACAAUCUGUUAAGUUGGCAUAGUAUAUAUUUUACACAAAUGGACUGUUUCUUAACUUUUCUAAUGCUUCUGUAUUAUAUCUAAAAGUAUAUCUAUGGUUGUUUAUUGGCAACUCGAUCCUAGUUUUAAGGGCUAAAUCGGUUUGUUCUGUGCAAUAUUCUCAAGAUAAUGUCAGCAGAGACAUUCAUCUACUUUUUAAGACUAUGCUUCUUACAGCAGGAAAAUCCUUCUUUUUUAAAGUACAAUAACUAGAUGAAUGUCUUUCAUCACUUCUCCCUUUGUGUGAUAUUUCCAAUAAAGUGUUUAAUCUAAACAUAUGCUCAAACUCA